AUGAGAGCGAGGCGUCAUGACAUCAUGGCUAUUUUUGGAGAGCCGCCGCAGAUAAGGUACGCUCCACGCUCAAAAACUCUGCAAACUUUGGCUUGGCAAACUCACAACAACAAACAUCGUCCGCUGAAAGAACUUGACAGCGCGGGCUACGGAUACAACAACAAAGCUUUGAAACACAACAUGACACUGAACCUGUCGAACCCGACUGGCACUACUCUGAAGCCGCACCUCCGCGCCAAAGCCGCCGAGAUGCUCACCUCUCCGGACGUGGGUUUACUCAAGCUGGCUUCCCCCGAGCUUGAGCGGCUUAUUAUACAGUCCAGCAACGGGCUCAUUACCACUACCCCGACCCCCACGCAGUUUAUCUGCCCCAAGAAUGUGACAGACGAGCAGGAGGGCUUCGCUGAGGGCUUCGUGCGCGCCUUGGCUGAGCUUCACCACCAGCACAUGCCCGCUCCCACUAACGUGACCUCCGCCCAGGCCACUGUCAACAAUGCACUGCCGCCGGUUUCCUCUGUCGCUGGAGCCUCAUACAAUCACAGCUCUUCCAUGCGCCCCGAAUCUCCCAUCUACGAGGACUUGAACACUUUUAACCCGGCCAUCAGCACCGUUUCUGCGCCCAACUACACCACCUCAGCGCCAACCAUGUCCUUCUCUGCCGCUCCUCAGCUUCCAAUGUACGGACAGACUUCAUCGGGGCAGCUGCCGCGCCUCACGCUAAAAGAAGAGCCCCAGACGGUGCCUGAAAUGCCCGGAGAGACCCCUCCCCUUUCUCCAAUCGACAUGGAGAGUCAAGAGCGCAUCAAAGCCGAAAGGAAGCGCAUGAGGAACCGUAUCGCUGCUUCAAAGUGCCGGAAAAGGAAGCUGGAGAGGAUCUCACGACUGGAGGACAAAGUGAAGAACCUCAAGUCGCAGAAUUCUGAGCUGGCCUCUACGGCCAACAUGCUCCGGGAGCAAGUGGCCCAGCUCAAACAGAAGGUGAUGAACCACGUGAACAGCGGCUGCCAACUCAUGUUGACGCAGCAGCUCCAGACCUUCUGA